AUGCCGGAAGUUAUUGUUGCACUAGACGUUUGCCAGCAUGCGAUGCCUAUUUUCCAUACCCCGCACACUCUUAUCGAAUACCAUAACACAAAAGAAAGAGAAGUAGCAGAGCGUCUACGUGACGCCACUAUCGCUGUGACUUCUGCCGUUCCUAUUACGGCUGAAACUAUCGCUCAAUGCCCUAAUCUCAAGCUCAUCUGUGUGUCAAUUGUGGGGGUUGAUCACAUCGAUGUCCAGGCAUGUCGAGCGCGCUCCAUUCGCGUCUGCAAUACCCCCGCAGCUACUACGGAAGCUGUUGCCGAACACGCAAUUGCGCUGUAUUUUGCUGCCAAACGAAACAUUGUUCGGGCGCAUAACUGGGUGAUAUCUGGGAAGGAGUGGGAGCAUGAAUCUACGGCAAUGAGUGCAUAUGAGCGAUUACCCACUCCCAUAAGUCAAGACACCUUGGGCCUUGUCGGCUAUGGCAAGAUUGGACAAAAGGUUGAAGUCUUUGCUCGAGCUUUGGGUAUGAAAGUCUUGAUCGCAGAUCGACGAGGAAUACCUGAUGCAAGCAUCCGAGAUGGGCGCACUGCAUUUGAUACUGUGCUUCGGCAAUCGACCGUUCUCAUGUUGACGUGCCCAUUAGACGAUUCAACGGCUAAUAUGAUUUCCAAAAAAGAGUUGGAAUCGAUGGAGUCCAGCUGUCUUGUGAUCAAUGUCGGCCGAGGGGGUCUUGUCAACGAAGAAGCUAUAAUUGCUGCUCUCAAAGCCAGAACGAUUGCCGGCUAUGCGACAGAUGUAUUUCCCAUUGAGCCCGCCACCAAGAAGAAUAGUUUAUUGCUUUCGGGUGACAUCCCGAAUUUGACUUUAUCGCCUCAUUUGGCCUGGUAUAGCUCGGAAAGUAUUGAGCGACAGCAAGCCAGCAUUCAAGCCAUCGUGGAAGGAUUCACAAAUGGAAAUUGCGUGAAUGUGAUUUGCUAG